AUGGAGAAACAAUCACCAACAGACAGCAUCUCUCCUUCCACCACCGCCAGCGGCUCUUCUAACCCGUCGAUCCAACCUACCUACACGACGGCCGGUACCAUUUACAAUCCAAAUACGUCACAACCCCUACAGCCUCCCACCAGACGAGGCCGGGCACCCAAGUGGACAUCUGGCGGUGCCUAUUCGGACUUAUCCUUACUUCCACGCUCUCUCAUUGCAACUCUACAAGCCAAAAGCAACGGACGGAGCUCCCCGUAUAACGUGGCUCAAUAUACCCCUUUGCAGCAAAAUUACGACCGAGCAGCCAACCCCAUCAGCAAAAACGGCUGCUUCGAUGAGAUGGGUCACCGCUGGAACAGUACCCCAGGCGACGCUGGCCUAGAGGUAGAUGAGGUGGGUUACAAUGCCAUUGGCCGGGAUCCCGAGGAAGACGAUGACGAUGAAGAUGGAGAUGACGGAAUGGACAGCAUCAUGAUGAACAUGCCGGUCAAGUCGCUUCACAAUCUUGCCUCGUACGCGAACCCCAAUCAGAAGAAGGCUCAGAAAGCCCUCCUCCGUCCGAUCAAGCCGAGACUCAACCCCCAGAACACAUAUAGUGCACACGACAUGCCGGUCCAGCAUUGGGACCCAAGACCAAGCCCUGACCAUUAUGACCGAUCCUGGGCCAAACUGCGGCCGUCCUACUCGGACUCUGUGGCAUCGCAGCUGAUGGCGAAAGCUGAACUGCAGAGUAUCACGGCAAGGAGCCAGCACCAGGAAGUGAGCCCGCCGCCCAAUAUCGAGGAUGUUGAGGCGAAGAAUGCCUGGCUUACGCAUAUGGCCCUUGGGGCUCCGAGGCCCUUGACUGCUGGGCCCCCGGGACAGCGUCAGUAUCGGGCGUCGACGUUCAAGUCUACCUUCAAAGCACUCAGCACCGAGACCAAGGCUACGAAGCAGAUGGACGACGAUGACGCUUAUGCUAUUACGGCGCGAGUACUACAACACGCCGGUAUUGACGAUGCUCGUGGCAGGCUCGAGGGCUCGCUAUCCCGACAUGAGUCUGAAUCAAACAACUACACGCAGCUUUUCCAAGGCAGCCAGCAGCUGCCGAGAGGCUCGCCCAACGGGAGCUAUGGUAUUGUGGGAUCUCCUGAUAAGGGCUAUAAGAGACGUGGCGUGGAAGAGUUUACGGCUUCCGACGCAGCACUAACCCGGCCUGAAUGGGGCACGAAGGGGUCGUAUCAACAGUUUCGUGGAGACGCCGAGUACGAGGCCAAUCUUGCGACGCAGACGGAAAAGAUGAAUAAACUGUGGUACCAUGGCUGUGAGACACUGUGCGGCGAAGCAGUGGGAGAGGCGGACAAGGCGAGGGACACAUAUGUGGGUGUGAUUGGUGAUGGACGACCGAGACAGAGUGGAUGGAACAGGCACAGUCCGCUCGCGAUUGAAGAGGCCAACAAAAUGGAGGUGUCAGAGCACACCAAGCCGCUCCUCGACAUGGCCAUGGCGAACCUGGAGCGCAGACUUGAAGAGCUGCUCAAGAAGGGUCGUGAGCAGGACACUAACUAG